AAAUUUCAGUAUUCAACGAAACGUUCGACGGCCAGCAACGACGGUCGAAAACAAAAAACGUCUCCACUUGGCCAUCGGUGCGAAACGAACAAAAUAUUCAAAAGAAACCAAAAUAAUAAACGAAAUUUAUUUAAGGAAAAUAUAAAACAAAAAGAAAUAAAAAACUUUUUUCCAAACUAAUUUCGCUUCAAAAGUUUUCUGCCUUAACUGUCAAACCCACAAACCCAAGGAUAUGAACCGAACGACACAGACUAAAGUCUGCCAAGCACUUUCAGUGCUGCUGCUGCUGACUCUCUCCCUCUGCGUGGAUCACACAGCGAGUCGCCCGUCGACCGAGAAUGAGGGCGGCGCCUCAACACUGCCGCCAGGCGCUGACAACAUUGAGAUUCAUCAUGUGUCAGUCGUGAAUGGCGUCAACCACGAGGAUCAUCCGGUGAUCAUGUACAAGGAGGACUUUGUCAACGAGGAUUAUGAUCCGACUAAGAAUGAGACCAAGCCAAGCUAUCCGAGGCUGUACAAGCACACGCAGCGCACCAGACAUCAUCAUGGCCAAGCCGCUGCACAGCCAGCGCUUGUGGAGGAGAAGAUUCUCUUUGAUGUGUUGCCCGAGACGCCGCUUAUACUGAGCGACGCUGAUAACACAAAGUUGGAGCCAAAGAAGGAGGCCACACUUCACAAGUACCCAAAGAAAUAUCACAGCCGUCAUCGUCGUCAUGCCUACAAUCAACUCUAUAGAAACGACCUCUAUGCAGCGCAGCAGCCACUUUACUAUCGCCCAGUGCCAGCUCCCCACUAUCUGCCCAUACAGCCCUUGCAGCAAUAUCAGCGUUAUCCGACGAUUGGCAAACCGCCCAAGUAUCAGGGGAAACUUGUCUUCUGGCAGACUGUAGCGCCGCCCAAGAAUCCCGAUAGCCUUGACAAUCGUGGAAGCUUCGAUGACCAGAACAGCCUGUUCCACAACUCUAAUCCGGAUGACGCAGACUUCUCAGUGUUCGACCAGCCCAGGCCAGAGGAGCCGGUUGCGGUUCCCCCAAGCAUCGACAACAGCUAUUGGGGCAACAGCUGGCGUGCGGAGGAAGAGCCAGAGUUGCCACCAGUUUGGGGUUCAUCUCAAGGUCGACGACCAAAUAAUGGGCCAGGCUUCAGUGCGCCCUCUUUCCAGGCGUCGCCGCCUUGGGGAAACACGCUGCAGCCAAGGCCGCAGGCACAAGCACGUCCCACGCUUCGCCAAGAUGCCGUGCUAUACCCAAAGGAGCCGGACUAUCCAUCAGGCACGACCUGUCAUCGCGCCUCGCAGCUCUGCUGCAGCCUAGAAAAUCUGGGCUCGUUAUACGAUUGCUUCCAUCGUCAGAGCUGCGAGCAUAGUCUCGCCGAAAUACUCUCUACUUGUUCCUAGUUCUUGAGCAAUUGGACUUAAUUUGCCAAACAGGAGUCGAACGGAGUCGAACGUGCUCUGACAGCAGCAUUGACUAAUCUCGUCAGCCUUUUGGCAGUUGCUUUUCGCGCUCAUUUGAGAACUUUCUAAAACAAACUUUUACCUUAUCUUAAAGUACUACUCUUUACCUCCCUACACGCUUUAAUAUCUCAUUUAAAAGAUUGUCUUAUCACCGAGAUAUCAGCGCUUGAAGCUGAUCUACAGCCGCAUCUCCCGCUCCUGCUCUCACUUCAGCAACUCUUUCCACAAGUAAUAUCUCCUAGACACAUACUGAUUUUUCUGUGGAUGUUGGCCUAGAGUAGUAGUACUUGCAGAUCCAAUAACUUUCCAUAUUCAAAAACAAAUUUGUCUUUCUAUUGCCACCUCUCAGUCAUCCCGCUCACCUGACGUAAUUUUGCUAUUGCUGCAUUUAACUUGAAUGCAGUAGAUAAUGUCUGUUAUGGCAAUUUAACUAACUAAAUUUCAUUAACAUUUAACUGACCUUUUCAUCAAUUGUUUUGCCUCGCUUUUACAAUAUUUGGUUACUGGUUUUUUGAUAGACCUAGUCCUAGGCUAAUGGAACUGAUGGAACAACAGAAAUCUAGUCGAAAGCUUUGUUUACACUGCUCAACAAACAGUUACUUACGCAUCUGAAAAUAUAUAUAUUUAAUUCUUUAACGAGA